GCGUAACAUUUCAGGUCAUCCAUUUGUUCAUUCUCUGUAUCCACUCUCUCGACUCCUUUGGAGAGCUUUUAAAGAAGACAAGCGAAACUGGCGCUGCGUUCUGUAACGCGACGAGCGAAAUUGAAUGAGCACGAUUUUGGGCGAUAAAUUACAACUGUCUCGACAGUAGCGUAUACUGAGCUACAAAAUAAAUUUUUCUCCCCUGUUUUCCAGAUGAUUUACCUUCUAAAGACAAAUUUGAUUGUACAUAUAACGUAAAAAUUGCUACGCAAAUCGAUACUGAGAAACUAUCUGCUAUAAUGCGGAAGUUUUUAACCACCUAGGCAGUCCAUAAAUUAGGGGGGAAAGCACUUUUUACGGUUGUCACAUUUUAUUUCGCAUUGCUCCCUAAACAGCCACAGUGUUUUCGCUUCCUCGUCUCUGAUCCACUAAUCUCUACUUCUCCACAUCUUGAAAAAAGAAAAGAGAAAGGAAAAAUUCUUAGUGAAGAACUCAGCAAAAAUUGGCGCGUAAUGUGUGGGGAGAAAGAAAUUAUUUUCGCGAAUCUAGUUGCUCGAAUCUAUCGAAACUUGCUUUGAAGUCUUGGAGUGCCGUGUUCACAUCUCCUGCUUGUGGAUAUCAACACAUUUCUGCGAGCACCAGUUGUCAGGACAUGUGAAAGAGCGCUGGUGUUUGAAAAAUUGCUGAGUGAUUAAUUGGCGCGUCGAAAGUGCUAAAUGCAGUUUGCGAGCACAAACUGCCGGAAUACACUGUGCCCCGACUCGGAACACAACAGUGAGCUACGCAAAUAAAUACUGGUGUGACGACAAGGAUAGAAGACUGGAAAGGAGGCAGGGAAAGAACUGAGCGAGAAACAAAAGUGAAUGCACCAAGUGAAUAUAUGAAGAACUAUGCGUGGCUGCAUGCGGAUCACGUGAAAGGGCCAGUCGGGCUUCGAGGAACUCCGACGCUACAUCAAACAGGGUGGCGAUUUCUGCAAGGAGUUGAGCUCCAUCCUCCAGGAGAGAUGCGAGGCGGAGACGGCGUACGCCAAGGCGCUGGGGAAGCUGUCCGGCAAGCUGGCCAGGGCGUCCAGGGACGCGGUGGGGACCGUGGGCACGGCGUGGCAGGCCGCCGGGCUGCAGAUGCAGCAGCAGGCGGAGGCGCACAGGGCGCUGGCGGCGUCUCUGGGUGAGGAGGUGGUGAAGCCGCUGCGGCAGCUGAGCGAGGCGCAGCACCGCAUCCGCAAGUCUGUGGAGGCCGCCGUGGACAAGGCGGGCAGGGGGCUGUCCGACUGGAGGCACGCGCAGGCCAAGAGCAAGAAGGCGAGCUUCGCGGCUGCCCGUGAGAACGAGAGGCUCCAGGACAGCCACCUGGAGUCUGGACCGACGCAGCACCAGCCGCUGCACGCCCGACUCGGCCACCAGCUGUCCGACAAGGAGACCGCCAAGCUGCAGCAGAAGCGGCGCAAGGCCGAGGAGUGCGUGAAGCGCGCCGACGUGGAGUACUGGGGGUGCUGCGUGCGCGCCGAGCGGUCGCGCCUGGAGUGGGAGGCGGCGGUGAGCAGGGGCGGGCGCUGCCUCCGGGCGCUGGACCAGGACCGGCUGGAGGCCGCCGCCGGGCUCGCCUCCAGGCACCUCGCCCUGCUGGACCAGCUGGCGCCCCGGCUGCUCCAGAGCGUAGCGCGGCUUCGCGAGCCGGUGGAGGCGAUGGACGUGCAGCGCGACUUGCGGACGACGGCGGCACUACAGGGCGCGGGGAACCCCCUGCCGGAGCAGCUGCUGCCAGACUUCUACGCCGAGCACGUCACCCUCGCCAUGAACCGGGACCGCCGCAAGCAGGCACUGGUCAAGCUGCUGCAGCUGAUCCGGCAAGACCUGGAGCGCGAGCGGCGCGGCAAGCAGGGCGUCGAGCAGCUGGCAAGGGCGCUCAAGGCCUCCGCCUCCGACUCGGGGACCGGGGCCGGGGGCGGCGGAUCACCGGGGGCGGCGGACUCCGGGGGCGAGAGUGUCGCCGAUAAGCUGCACCACGCACGUUCCAUGCUGGCGUACCUGGAGGCUGCACGCUUCAAAGUCCAGAGCGCACUUCUGGAGCUGGAAGGCCGGCCGAGAGCGGCGCACCCGCUGGCUCCGCACAUCUCUGUCUCCCGCGACCGCGCCGGAAUGCAGCACAGUGUGCUCAAGGUGCCAACUUGGGUACGAGACGAGUCUGUGGAGCUGCUGGCAGGCAGUGGCAGCGACUGGCCGGGUAGUGUCGCCGUCAGCGUCGUCAACGGCUGCGACGACCGCGGCGCCGGAGACGGAAACUCUGUGAGGCCCGCGGACAGCGACUUUGACGAGUUCUCGAGUCAGGGCAGUGAUGAAAGAGACUACGAAUGCGGCCUGGAGUCGGAAGACCCGGGCAUCACCAACGGUGUCAGCAACGGGGGCAUCGGAGGUGGCGGUGGCGGGGGAGCGGGCAAGUGCCGCGCCCUGUACGACUACGCUGCCAAACUCUACGACGAACUCAACCUGGCUCCGGGUGAUGUGAUACGCAUCCACAGCAAGCAAGCAGACGGCUGGUGGCUGGGGGAGCUCAACGGAGUCGUCGGCAUCUUCCCUGCCACCUACGUCGAGGAGAUCGAGUAGCAGCACGUGUCGACCUUCCUUCUGCGCAGUCGGCAUCCACAGCAGGUCACACUCAGUCGCCUCUGUCACCUGCCGCAUGUGUCACGAUGGCUGAAGUCUGUGACACACAAACAGUAAUAGGGGACAUUGUGCCCCAUUUGACACCACUGUGGCUGUUUUUGGUGCCCUGUUUGACACAAGUGAAGAGUAAGAGCUUUUUGCCCCAUUUGGCAACCAUUGUAACUGAAGUGCCUUUUUUCCCAUGUGAGAACCACUGUAAAUAAAAUGCCGUCUGCCCUGUUUGACACAAUUGUUGAGGGAUUACUUCUGUGCCUUGUUUAAUGCUACACUUACACCAAGGGUAAGUGAGUUGAUACUGUGUGCAUCAAGACAUCCUGCUACACAACACAUGAUGUCACCAGCACUUGAGUCAACAUUACGUACUACCUCCAGUACAUAUUGUCUUCCACUUUGCAUUUGUUUACAUUCACUGCCUCGUAUCACAUCGUGAACUGCUGAGAGCUGCAUUUAGCUUCUUAAAGGGAGUGACUGAUGUGCUGUGUGAUUGCGUAUUUGGAUCUGAGUUUCAAUGUGUCGACAGAAAAAGGUCCAGUGCUCUGGAUGAAGUAUUCAAAAUAGAUACUGAGUGGAAACAGUGUUUAAGGAGGACAAUGGAAUGAAACUUGUAAGGAGCAACAGAGUUUGCACGAUUCAAAGUCUGUGUAAUUCUACAACAGCAAUUCAUUUCUCUUGUUAUGUAACAAAACUUACUUAUGUACCACACGAUGCAGUGGUAACUCUAAAUUUAAGGAUUUGAAACAAGUUCACAAUGUGAAUCUUGGAAGAUUUUGGCACCUGACAUUUAUUCGCAAUAUCAGAAACAAUAAUUGAAUAUUGCUGACUGUUGACAUCUGUCAUUAAAAUAUGCAUUUUUGUGGGGUCAAUAAAACUGCCACAUUUCAUGUUUUGCUUCUUGUUUUCAGCAUCAGAAGGUUUAGUUCUUAAUGGAAGAUCGAUGUGUUUAUUGUGCUCAUUAAUAAUGCAAUUUCUCUGUUGUAAACUAGGAUCUGGAAUGCUUUGAAUGAAUUAAACAUAACACAAAUUUCAGAGCAUUAUUUUGCUUUCAUUCUUCUCUUAAGUCUUUUGAUCAGUUUAAUGCAAUGUCCUGUGCCCCUAAAUACCAACACACUGUCUUCACCUCUCCGUCUUCAAUAAUAUAUCACAUAUUCCAGUCUUUGGAAUCUUUUACAAUUUUCCCCCUGUAAUUCUCCAUUGUUUCUGCACAAUUAUUCUUUCUGCUGCUGUAUGUGCACACCCAAACUUUUCACUUCAUCCGUGCAUCCAGUUCUGACUUUCUGAAAAGGUUCAAAACCCAUUCUUUUUACUUGUUUUGCACAGACCUAUUUCUUUUCCUGUUUGGCAUAAUUUUUAUUUCAUAUUUCAGUUGUUUACUUUGCAGCACUUGUUUUGAUGUCACAUUUUCUACAAUUUUGGUAUCGGGAAGUGAUGUUCUGUGGGUAAACUCUUCUAACAGUAUGUGUCUCAGUUGAGAUUUUUAGAGCCUUUCAUUUCCCACUAACUUCACAGUUGGGUCUGAGACGAAUUUCAUUAUAUGUUAAGAAGAGGUCCAAGUUAUGCAAUGUAGACAAUUCAGAGUGAAAAUAAAUCAUGAACAAACUCAAUUGACAACUGAGUUACUAAUGCAUGAACUGUCAAUCUAAGUGCUUGAAAGAAAUAUGGAUACCCACGCAUUUAAUGCCGAACUUUCUACUUAGAUACAAAAAGACCUCUAGAAAAAUUGCUUACUUGCAAUGCCUGUAUGACAUAAUAAUGUGAACCAGACCAAAUACAGCAUCCAAAAAUACAAAUUUCAUAAUUUAAAAUGGCAUCAAAAUACCUUUAAAUAAUGUUAAUUUACAAACAGGAAUUCAAUGAGGCUCAAGUUAAUAUUGGAAUGACUGUAUCUAUAAGGCAUUGCUGUUCAUUGGGAAACAUGACAUGCUUGCUGUGGAAAUACUAUAGUCAGUGUGUGAUGGGUUCAUUUACAUCCAUGUAAAUGUUGAGACACCAUCGCACCUGAAAUGUCUAAUUUGCUGAACAUUUAAGUCGCCAUAAGACUGUAAUGGCACAAUUUGUGAGCCAGUAUGGUCUUAAAUCUCUGCCAUGCCACUUUGCCACUUAUAUACAAUUGUUGUACUCAAAUUAUCUUGGUCAAACAGGCUUAUUAAAAACAUUAUUUUCGAUAUCUGAGAAUGAAAUGGAACGCUGGCUGAGUCUCAUGUAUUUCAUUUAUGCUAUUUCUCAGAACACUCUGGUCUGCUAACACCAAACUUAAUUCUGUGUAAAAACAACAUAGUUAUGCGUGUGUAUCUACCGACCACGUUGGUUGUUAGAGAAGAAAUUGUUUGGACAUGGUGUACAUUAUGCUUAUUGUUUCUGAAUUGUUUCAGCAUUUUUAUGUAUAUCAGGCACAUGGUUUAUGAAUUGUUUAACUAGGACAUGUGGAUACACAGAAUACAGAUUACUAAUUGUAUAUCUGCAAUUGCUGUAAUGUUAAAUACAUGUUUGAAAUUGUUGCUAAAUGGGAAUAUAAUUGCUAGAUAGAAGUGUGAGGUUUAUUUUCUGCCCCACUCUACAGCGUGUCCAGAAUGGCCAGUUUUGUGUCUCUUGAAGAAAAUAAAAAGGCCUCUGAAUUUUUGGUCACUGAAUCUAAGUAAUCACUUAGGAGGUGAUUCAAAUAAGGAUAUUGUCAUCCACGGUAUGUCUUCCAUUUGUGUCUAUUUAUCACUGGAAUGUCAAAUUACAAGUAAAAAGAAAGUAAAGCUAAUUUGCAUGGAUUGUGAAAUAUUGACUUUGUUCAGCUAUUUUAAGGCGGUAUCACCUACAGAAAACAUGUUUAUUUUCAAGAAUAAAUAAAACAGGUGUGUGUGUGUGUGUGUGUGUGUGUGUGUGUGUGUGUGUGUGUGUGAAUGAGAGAAAGGAGAAAGAAGAUAAUUAUCAAACUGUUAAAUAAUUGUAAUUUAAUGCCUUGUAACAUUAACUGAGUAAAACCAAAGCUAAUUUGUAUAUAAAAGUGGGGAAAAUGAGGCUGUUUCAAGAAUCAUUGAUUAAAUGUCAUAUUUUUCUGUCUGGCCUGAGUCCAAAAUUCCAUUUAUGACUCCAUUGCCACAAAGUUGCAAAAAUGCCAUGAACUGCUAAUUUCAUGUGUGUAUGUUUUCUUUUCAUGUACUAUGUUUGGCUAGAUCAGACUAAGCGUAAUGUCAAGAAAAAAAAAUCUAAACAAUCAAAAUUUUGCAUACCUACUGUAAAUCUUUCUAAGCAAUAAGGAAUGGCUAUUGUUAAUAUAAACCUGUUUAAAAUAUUUUAUGUAAUAUUCAUUAACAACCUCAGUGAUGCACAGAAAUUUUAUUUUCUUGUUUUGUAUCUGAGUGUUGUACAUGUCUGGAUUGUGUAAUGCAUGUUUAAUGUAUGUGUAUCUUGUAAUGUGCUGAUAUCAUCACAGAAGUGUAUUUUAUAGCCAUAUACCAAAAACAUUAUUUUUAUGUACUCUAAAAGUUGUCAUGUAUAAAAUAAACCAUUGUACCAUGCAA